AUGUACCACGUCCACGGUGCCACUUUGGAAAUGAUCAUGCAUGCAAUGGACUUCCGAUUAGCUGAAACUGGCGUCUUGUCCUCUCGAUUUUCUCGAGCCGGAUCUUUGGCUCCAAAUUCUAUUGAUCCACCAUCGCUUAGCCAUCCUUUUGGUGGGAAUUGCCUCAAUUCUCCUCCUAUUCUACCUCAGGUCCCAGUACACUCUCACUCUCGCUCUUUGCCUGCUACCCCAGCGACCUCAGCUCGUAUCCGUGGGACCACUGGACAAUCACUAUUAUCUAGCAGUCAGUCCAAAAAUUAUUAA